ACCGGGCGCAGUUGGCGGCGCGGAGCCUGGGCCGGGACGCGCCCGGAGCCGGGAGAAGGAGGAGGAGGAGGAGGAGGGAGGGUCGCGGCUGGCGCCAUGGGGCCGGGGGCCCGGGGCCGCCGCGGCCACUCUAUGUCCUCACCACCACUGCCGCCACCCAAGGGUUCGCUGCCUCGGCUGCUGCUGCUGCUGCUGCCGCCGCUGCUCUCGGGGCUGGGGGCUGCAGCCCCCCCUUGCCUGGACGGAAGCCCGUGUGCCAAUGGAGGUCGAUGCACCCAGCUGCCCUCCCGAGAGGCUGCCUGCCUGUGCCCACCAGGCUGGGUGGGCGAGAGGUGCCAGCUGGAAGACCCCUGCCACUCAGGGCCCUGUGCUGGCCGAGGUGUCUGCCAGAGCUCGGUGGUUGCAGGCACUGCCCGGUUCUCCUGCCGGUGCCCCCGUGGCUUUCGAGGUCCCGACUGCUCCCUGCCGGACCCCUGUCUCAGCAGCCCUUGUGCCCAUGGUGCCCGCUGCUCUGUGGGCUCCGAUGGCCGCUUUGUCUGCUCCUGCCCGUCCGGCUAUCAGGGCCGCAGCUGCCGAAGUGACGUGGAUGAGUGCCGGGUGGGCAGGCCCUGCCGCCAUGGUGGCACCUGCCUCAAUACGCCUGGCUCCUUCCGCUGCCAGUGCCCAGGGGGCUACACAGGGGCCCUGUGUGAGAACCCCGUUGUGCCCUGUGCUCCCUCGCCAUGCCGCAAUGGGGGCACCUGUAGACAGAGCGGAGAUCUCACCUAUGACUGUGCCUGCCUGCCUGGGUUUGAGGGUCAGAACUGUGAAGUGAACGUGGAUGACUGUCCAGGACACCGGUGUCUCAAUGGGGGGACCUGUGUGGAUGGCGUCAACACCUACAACUGCCAGUGUCUCCCCGAGUGGACAGGCCAGUUCUGCACAGAGGACGUGGAUGAGUGUCAACUGCAGCCCAACGCCUGCCACAAUGGGGGCACCUGCUUCAACACUCUGGGUGGCCACAGCUGUGUAUGUGUCAAUGGCUGGACUGGCGAGAGCUGUAGUCAGAAUAUCGAUGACUGUGCCACAGCUGUGUGCUUCCACGGUGCCACCUGCCAUGACCGUGUGGCCUCCUUCUACUGCGCCUGCCCCAUGGGCAAGACUGGCCUUUUGUGCCACCUGGAUGACGCCUGUGUCAGCAACCCGUGUCACGAGGAUGCUAUCUGCGACACAAACCCUGUGAACGGCCGGGCCAUCUGCACUUGCCCAGCCGGGUUCACUGGCGGGGCGUGUGACCAAGAUGUGGAUGAGUGCUCCAUUGGCGCCAACCCCUGUGAACAUCUGGGUCGUUGCGUGAACACCCAGGGGUCGUUCCUAUGCCAGUGUGGGCGUGGCUACACUGGACCUCGCUGUGAGACGGAUGUCAAUGAGUGUCUGUCGGGGCCCUGCCGCAACCAGGCCACUUGCCUUGACCGCAUCGGCCAGUUUACCUGUAUCUGCAUGGCAGGCUUCACGGGAACUUAUUGCGAGGUGGACAUCGACGAGUGUCAGAGUAGCCCGUGCGUCAAUGGUGGGGUCUGUAAGGACCGAGUUAAUGGCUUCAGCUGUACCUGCCCCUCCGGCUUCAGUGGGUCCACGUGUCAGCUCGACGUGGACGAAUGCGCCAGCACGCCCUGCAGGAACGGUGCCAAGUGCGUGGACCAACCAGACGGCUAUGAGUGUCGCUGUGCAGAAGGCUUCGAGGGGACGCUGUGUGAGCGCAACGUAGACGACUGCUCUCCAGACCCAUGCCACCAUGGGCGCUGCGUGGAUGGCAUUGCCAGCUUUACCUGCGCCUGUGCGCCAGGCUACACGGGCACGCGCUGCGAGAGCCAGGUGGAUGAGUGCCGCAGCCAGCCCUGCCGUCACGGGGGCAAAUGUCUAGACCUGGUAGACAAAUACCUGUGCCGCUGUCCUCCUGGCACCACAGGUGUGAACUGCGAGGUUAACAUUGACGAUUGUGCCAGCAACCCCUGCACCUUUGGAGUCUGUCGUGAUGGCAUCAACCGCUAUGACUGUGUCUGCCAGCCUGGCUUCACAGGGCCCCUCUGCAAUGUGGAGAUUAACGAGUGUGCGUCCAGCCCUUGUGGCGAGGGAGGCUCCUGCUUGGAUGUGGAAAACGGCUUCCGCUGCCUCUGUCCACCCGGCUCCUUGCCUCCGCUCUGCCUACCUCCAAGCCAUCCCUGUGCCCACGAGCCAUGCAGUCAUGGUGUCUGCCACGACGCCCCUGGCGGGUUCCGCUGCGUGUGUGAGCCUGGCUGGAGUGGCCCUCGCUGCAGCCAGAGCCUGUCUCGAGACGCCUGUGAGUCCCAGCCAUGCCAGGGUGGUGGCACCUGUGUCAGCGAUGGAACGGGCUUCCGCUGCACCUGUCCCCCCGGAGUCCAGGGCCGCCAGUGUGAACUGCUGUCCUCCUGCACACCUAAUCCUUGUGAGCAUGGGGGCCGCUGUGAAUCUGCCCCUGGCCAGCCGAUUGCCUGCUCCUGCCCCAUGGGCUGGCAAGGGCCACGAUGUCAGCGGGAUGUGGAUGAAUGUGCCGGCCCUGCACCUUGUGGUCCCCACGGCACCUGCACCAACCUGGCAGGAGGUUUCAGCUGCACCUGCCAUGGCGGGUACACUGGUCCUUCCUGUGAUCAGGACAUCGAUGACUGUGACCCCAACCCGUGCCUCAAUGGCGGCUCCUGUCAGGACAGCGUGGGCUCCUUUUCCUGCUCUUGCCUUCCUGGCUUUGCUGGUCCUCGCUGCGCCCUUGACGUGGAUGAGUGUCUAAGCAGCCCCUGCGGCCGGGGCACCUGCACCGACCAUGUGGCCUCCUUCACCUGCACCUGCCCCCCGGGCUAUGGAGGCUUCCACUGUGAGAAGAACCUUCCUGACUGCAGCCCCAGCUCCUGUUUCAAUGGAGGGACCUGCGUGGACCGUGUGAACUCCUUCAGCUGCCUGUGUCGCCCUGGCUACACUGGAGCCCACUGCCAAUAUGAGGCCGACCCCUGCCUCUCACGGCCCUGUCUGAAUGGGGGGGUCUGCAGUGCCACGCACCCCAGCUUCAGCUGUGCCUGCCCAGAGGGCUUCACUGGCAGCCAGUGCCAGACUCUGGUUGACUGGUGCAGCCAGGCUCCCUGUCAGAAUGGAGGUCGCUGUGUCCAGACCGGGGCCUACUGCCUUUGUCGCCCCGGAUGGACCGGCCGCCUCUGUGACAUCCGAAGCCUGCGCUGUGUGCAGGCGGCAGCCCAGAUAGGGAUGCGGCUGGAGCACCUGUGCCAGGCAGGUGGGAAGUGCGUGGACAAGGGCGGCUCUUACUCCUGUGUGUGUCCGGAGGGCCGCACUGGCAGCCACUGCGAGCAGGAAGUGGACCCCUGCCUGGCCCAGCCCUGCCAGCACGGGGGCACCUGCCGCGGCUACGUGGGGGGCUAUAUGUGUGAGUGUCCAACUGGCUACUCCGGUGACAACUGUGAGGACGAUGUGGAUGAGUGUGCCUCUCAGCCCUGCCAGCACGGGGGCUCCUGCAUCGACCUCGUGGCCCGCUAUCUCUGCUCCUGUCCCCCUGGGACACUGGGAGUGCUCUGUGAGAUCAAUGAGGAUGACUGUAGUCCUGGCCCAUCCCUGGACUUGGACCCCCGAUGCCUACACAAUGGUACCUGUGUGGACCUGGUGGGUGGCUUCCGCUGUAACUGCCCCCCGGGAUAUACGGGCCUGCACUGCGAGGCAGACAUCAACGAGUGCCGCCCGGGUGCCUGCCACACAGCACACACCCGGGACUGCCUGCAAGACCCAGGCGGACACUUCCGCUGCCUUUGCCAUGCUGGCUUCACAGGUCCCCGCUGUCAGACGGCCCUGUCUCCUUGUGAGUCCCAGCCAUGCCAGAAUGCAGGCCAGUGCCGCCCCAGCCCAGGUCCUGGCGGUGUGCUGACCUUCACCUGCCACUGUGUCCAGCCAUUCUGGGGUCCUCGUUGCGAGCACGUAGCACGCACCUGCCGGGAGCUGCAGUGCCUGCCAGGUGUCCCCUGCCAGCAGACACCGCGCGGGCCUCGCUGCGCAUGUCCCCCGGGGGUGUCGGGGCUCGCCUGCCGCUCCAGGGCGCUGCCUCCGGGAGGCACCAACGUCAGCUGUGCGGCUGCCCCCUGUCUGCAUGGGGGCUCCUGUCGCCCUGCGCCCCUCGCCCCCUUCUUCCGCUGCGGGUGCACUCCGGGCUGGACCGGGCCGCGCUGCGAGACCCCGGUAGCAGCAGCAGCGCCCGAGGUCGCGGAGGAGCCUCGGUGCCCGCGAGCCGCCUGCCAGGCCAAGCGCGGGAACCGGCACUGCGACCGCGAGUGCAACAGCAGGGGCUGCGGCUGGGACGGCGGCGACUGCUCGCUGAGCGUGGACGACCCCUGGCGGCAGUGCGAGGCGCUCCAGUGCUGGCGCCUGUUCAACAACAGCCGCUGCGACCCGGCCUGCAGCUCGCCCGCCUGCCUGUAUGACAACUUCGACUGCCACAGCCGAGAGCGCACCUGCAACCCUGUGUACGAGAAGUACUGCGCUGAUCACUUUGCCGAUGGCCGCUGUGAUCAGGGCUGCAACACAGAGGAGUGUGGCUGGGACGGGCUGGACUGUGCCAGCGAGGUGCCGGCUCUGCUGGCCCGUGGGGUCCUAGUCCUCACGGUUCUGAUGCCACCAGAGGAGCUGCUGCGCUCCAGCGCCGACUUCCUACAGCGUCUCAGCGCCAUCCUGCGUACCUCGCUGCGCUUCCGCUUGGACGCGCAUGGCCAGGCCAUGGUCUUCCCUUACCACCGGCCCAGUUCUGGUUCCGAGGCCCGGACCCGGAGGGAGCUGGCGCCCGAGGUGAUCGGUUCUGUCGUGAUGCUGGAGAUUGACAACAGGCUCUGCCUGCAGUCGCCCGAGAAUGACCACUGCUUCCCUGAUGCCCAGAGUGCGGCUGACUACCUGGGAGCUCUGUCUGCGGUGGAGCGCCUCGACUUUCCCUACCCACUGCGGGAUGUGCGAGGGGAACCCCUGGAGCCUCCAGAGCCAAGCUUGCCCGUGCUGCCGCUGCUGGCUGCGGGCGCUGUCUUCUUGCUGGUCAUCCUCGUCCUGGGUGUCAUGGUGGCCCGCCGCAAGCGUGAGCACAGCACCCUCUGGUUCCCCGAGGGCUUCGCACUGCACAAGGAUGUGGCAGCUGGCCACAAGGGCCGGAGAGAACCAGUGGGACAAGACGCGCUGGGCAUGAAGAACAUGGCCAAGGGUGAGAGUCUGAUGGGGGAGGUGGCCUCAGACUGGAUGGACACAGAAUGCCCGGAGGCCAAGCGGCUGAAGGUGGAGGAGCCUGGUGUGGGCGCCGAGGAGCCUGUGGAUUGUCGCCAGUGGACCCAGCACCACCUGGUGGCUGCUGAUAUCCGUGUGGCUCCAGCCAUGGCUUUGACACCGCCACAGGGUGAUGCAGACGUUGACGGCAUGGAUGUCAACGUUCGUGGCCCAGAUGGCUUCACCCCGCUCAUGCUGGCCUCCUUCUGUGGGGGGGCACUGGAGCCGAUGCCCACAGAAGAGGAGGAGGCCGAGGAUACGUCCGCCAGCAUCAUCUCCGACCUCAUCUGCCAGGGGGCGCAGCUUGGGGCUCGCACCGACCGCACGGGGGAGACGGCCCUGCAUCUGGCUGCCCGCUACGCCCGGGCUGAUGCGGCCAAGCGGCUGCUGGAUGCUGGAGCCGACACUAACGCCCAGGACCACUCGGGCCGCACCCCUCUGCACACAGCCGUCACUGCUGAUGCCCAGGGCGUCUUCCAGGGAAAUCAGCCUUACACUGGGCUGCAGCUGUGAACAACGUGGAGGCCACCUUGGCUCUGCUCAAAAAUGGGGCGAACAAGGACAUGCAGGAUAGCAAGGAGGAGACUCCGCUGUUCCUGGCUGCCCGUGAGGGCAGCUAUGAGGCUGCCAGGCUGCUGUUGGACCACUUUGCCAACCGGGAGAUCACAGACCACCUGGAUAGGCUGCCACGGGAUGUGGCCCAGGAGCGGCUCCACCAGGACAUCGUGCGCUUGCUGGACCAGCCGAGUGGGCCCCGCAGUCCCCCUGGCCCCCAUGGCUUGGGCCCCCUGCUCUGCCCCCCCGGGGCCUUCCUCCCAGGCCUCAAGACAGCCCCAUCAGGGGCCAAGAAGAGCAGGAGGCCCCCUGGGAAGGCAGGGCUGGGGCCGCAGGGGACACGGGGCCGGGGCAAGAAGCUGACGCUGGCCUGCCCGGGGCCCCUGGCUGAGAGCUCGGUCACGCUGUCGCCUGUGGACUCUCUGGACUCCCCAAGGGCCUUUGGUGGACCCCCUGCUUCUCCUGGGUCUUUCCCCAUUGAGGGUCCCUAUGCGGCUGCCGCUGCCACGGCCGUGUCCUUGGCUCAGCUUGGUGGGCCGGGCCGGGCAGGGCCGCUGGGCCGCCAGCCCCCUGGUGGCUGUGUGCUCAGCCUGGGCCUGCUGAACCCGGUGGCUGUUCCCCUCGACUGGGCCCGGCUGCCCCCACCGGCGCCCCCAGGGCCCUCAUUCCUGCUGCCCCUGGCUCCAGGACCACAGCUGCUCAACCCUGGGGCCCCUGUGUCUCCCCAGGAGCGGCCCCCGCCUUACCUGGCAGCCCCAGGACAUGGCGAGGAAUACCCGGCCGCGGGGGCCCAUGGCAGCCCCCCUAAGGCUCGCUUCUUGCGGGUCCCCAGCGAGCACCCUUACCUGACCCCUUCUCCGGAGUCCCCCGAGCACUGGGCCAGUCCGUCCCCGCCUUCUCUCUCAGACUGGUCCGAUUCCAUACCCAGCCCGGCUACCACUGCUGGGGCCACAGCCACAGCGGCUGCGGCUCUGCCAUCCCAGCCGCACCCGCUGUCCGCCCCUGGCUCCCUGGCUCAGGCCCAGACCCAGCUGGGGCCCCAGCCGGAGGUCAACCCGAAGAGGCAGGUAUUGGCCUAACUCGCUCCUCAGCUCCUGGAUCUUGGUUUUGCUCCUAACUCUCCUCUCUCCCCCUCUCUCACCAGCCCUGCUGCACGCUGCCUUCCAGACCGAGCUGGGUCACCAGCCCAGCCUCAGUCUCCCUUUAUUUAUAACAGCUGGGGGCUGACUUCCCGUCCUCUCAGUCUUGUAGUGAGUCUGGGAGCCCCUCGCACCUCCCAGUUCUCUCUUACCCCUCCCCUCAUUGUCUCACUCUGAUAGGAGUGGGUUGUUAUUCGUUUUUUCUUUUCUUUUUUUUUUUUUUACAUUUUGUAUAGAAACAAAUUCAUUUAAACAAACUUAUUAUUAUUAUUUUUUACAAAAUAUAUAUAUAGAGAGACGCUCCCUCCCCUGUACACCCCUCAGGGCCCCGGGGGGCUGAGUCUGUGGGCCCGUUCGGCCGGGCUGGAGUCUGUGUACCGAGUACACGGCCCUGGAAUGUACCAAGUAGGCACCCUUGGGCGCACCCUCUGGGGCCAGGGGUCAGGGGAGACCUGGGCGCCUCCUUCCCACCCCCUCACUUCACAGCAUUCCAGUCCUGUAGGCUUGCAGGGGAAGGGUCCUUUCUCCAGCCUCCACCCUCUCAGAGCCUGGGGCACCUCCCUUUGGGAACUGGGGGGGUGUAGCUGGUGGGAAAUGGGUCAGGGGAGGUGUGUGCAUUCCAUGCUGUCUCCCUGUAAGGUGGGAACUGUGGGCAGGGUAGCUCCUGCGUGGAUGGUACCUUCUCCCCCAGGUACUUCUGUGGCCCAACCUCAUAGCAGAUUAGAAGUAUCUUUAGGCUCUUUUUGUAAUAGGGCUCUGGUCGCCAUCCCUGUGUAGCUGAAUUCCCAGGCCCUGUGUUGUACAGCCCCAUGUCCUUACCACCUAAUAAAGGGAUAGUUAACACUU